CAUACCCAUAUGAUACUCUAAUUCUACUGUGCACCAUAACUAGUGAAAACUUGCUCAAACCAUAAACCAACAUUUGCCAUGGCAAGUCUAAGCAUACACUUUUGUAUACUGGCCUUUUUUUGUGCCACCCUUCUCAUUAUUCCAUACACUUGCCUUGCUAAGUUGCCAGAAAACCAUGCUGCAUUGUUCAUAUUUGGAGACUCUCUCUUUGACGCUGGAAACAAUAACUACAUCAAUGGCCCCAAAACAGACUUCUGGCCAUAUGGUGAGACCUUCUUCAAGCACCCCACUGGUCGAGUCUGCAAUGGCCGUGUUGUACCUGACUUCAUUGCUGAGUAUGCAAACUUGCCAUUGAUCAAACCAUAUCUGCAGCCAGGAUUUGACAACUAUACUGAUGGGGUGAACUUUGCAUCAGCUGGGGCUGGUGUUCUUCCUGAGACUCAUCCAGGAACGAUAAACCUUGAAUUGCAACUAAGUUAUUUUGAGGAGGUAGAGAAGAAGUUAAAGCAGCAUUUAGGUGAUACAGAAGCCAAGAAGUUGCUAUCAAAAUCUGUUUACUUAUUUAGUAUUGGAGGCAACGAUUACAUAACCAUCACAUCAUCUGUGAACCAAUCCAAUGUAAGAACUUCUUCUUACAAGAAGAAAUACAUGACAAUGGUGCUUGGCAAUUUCACCACUGCGAUCAAGAAAGUAUAUAAGAUGGGAGGAAGGAAAUUUGGAUUCCAAAACUUGGGGCCUAUAGGAUGUAUGCCUGCCACCAAAGCCUCAUUGGGGAUUACCAGUGAUUGUGCCCAUGAGCCUUCAGUAAUAGCAAAAAUGCACAACAUAGCCCUACCCAAACUCCUCAAGAAGAUACAAAGACAACUACCACGAUUCAAAUAUGCACUAUAUGAUUACUACACGACCCUAGCUGAAAGAACACUUUACAGUACAAAAUUUGGUUUCAAGGUUGGGAAGAGUGCAUGCUGUGGCAGUGGGACAUACAAUGGGGAGUUCACAUGUGGAGGGAAAAAUGGGACAGUGAAGUAUGAGUUAUGUAGCAAUCCUAGUGAAUAUGUGUGGUUUGAUGCUGCACAUCCAACUGAAAGUGCCAACAGACAAUUAGCCAACUUAUUUUGGAAUGGACAUCCAAAAAUCACAGGGCCUUACAGUCUAAAGAAGCUAUUUGACAUCUUGUAGAGCUGUGACAUUUGGGACUGUAUUAUGUAGGAUUGGUGAUUUGGUUUAGUAAACUGAAUAAAAUCAUCUCUAGCGUUUCAAAUGGUACAAUUCGGCAAAAUGUUUUUCACUUUUUA